CUCGCACUUCCGGAGCAGAAGACAAGACGGACAGCAGACAGUGUAGUGCAUAGCAGACGAAAUGUCAGAGAAGCAAGGAGGAAAGAAACUCACAUUACUCAAAAAUCCUGAAUAAGACCGGCAUUCAAGCAUCAUGUAGAGCCCUAACCUUGACCGAUUCAUGGACAAAUUGCUUGUUUCGGCCUCCUGGGUCAAUCGAAUUCUCUGCAUUUGGCAAAUGUAGCUGUUUGAUAGGCGACAGCUGCUCCCCAUGGGUGUAAUCAAAUUAUGAUUCCGAGAUAAAGACAACAAGGAGCUCGUCCUUUCGUUCCUGGAGUUGUUUGAUUUUCUGGACUCCGCCCAUGUCGUCUACAGACCACUAUGGAAGACAGUGGGAUCGACAGCGAUCCGAAACCGAUUCAGGACGAGAGGUUAGGGUGUGGAGUUCCUAGUGCUUCCUUCCAGACAAGUGAUAGUUCCUGCAGCAGCACAUCAGUCCCCAGUCCGCAGAAAACAAAUCUUAAGCAGCUUCAUCGAAAAUUGGAGCGCCGCAUUGAGCAAGCAAAAAAAGUGCAGCGACUACAAGAGUACAAGAAGAGCUCUGGACUAAUUCCAAUCCAAAGAUUACCUAUUCCGAGCAAAACUCCUGCUGCAGCGACAAGUAAAGAACACCACCCUCUUGUUGACUGGGACUCAGAAGACAGUGAGGAAGAUAUUAAUUUCUUCCCUGUGAAAAUGCGAGAUGGCCGCCAAGAAUUGACUGAUACAUUCAGCAUCGAAAAUCUUCCGCUUUCGGGUGGGGAAGAGGACGAGGAUGACCUUGAUUUACUCCCACCUCAGAAGCCACAUCGUAAGUGGGGUUGUUGUGGACUAUCAUUCAGCACGCGCUGUUCUAUAAUAUGAACAGCAUUUCCUUUACUAUUGCAAG